UUUUCCCCUUUGUUUCUCUUCAUAAUCUUUGAUCGCAUUACCAUUUUCCCAUUGUUAUUUUCUUUUCUGUGAAGUUUCUUACCGUUUCUCAACUCUGUUUGUGCAUAGGACUGAAGUGUUUAGUAUCUUUGCGAAGGCGAAGAUUCGAAAAUGAGUAAGCUUCAGAGUGAUGCAUUGAGAGAAGCUAUCUCAUCUAUCUUCACUGAUAGCAAUGAGAAAAAGAGAAAGUUUACUGAAACCAUUGAGCUUCAGAUUGGACUGAAGAACUAUGAUCCUCAAAAGGACAAGCGUUUCAGUGGUUCUGUGAAGUUGCCACACAUUCCCCGUCCCAAGAUGAAGAUAUGCAUGCUUGGGGAUGCCUCACACGUUGAAGAGGCUGAGAAAAUUGGUCUAGACUAUAUGGAUGUGGAAGGCUUGAAGAAGCUAAAUAAGAAUAAGAAAUUGGUGAAGAAACUUGCCAAAAAAUACCAUGCCUUUUUGGCAUCUGAAGCUAUAAUCAAGCAGAUCCCUCGACUUCUAGGCCCUGGUCUCAACAAAGCAGGAAAGUUCCCAACAUUGGUGACACACCAAGAAACGCUCGAAUCGAAAGUCAACGAGACAAAGGCAAUGGUCAAGUUUCAACUGAAGAAGGUCCUUUGUAUGGGAGUUGCCGUUGGAAACAUUGCUAUGGAAGAGAAGCAAGUCUUCCAAAAUGUUCAAAUGAGCGUCAAUUUCCUGGUUUCUUUGUUGAAAAAGAACUGGCAGAAUGUUAGGUGCCUGUACCUGAAGAGCUCAAUGGGGAAGUCGUACCGGGUUUUCUAAGCUCUGUUAGCAACCUAGUCUGUCUUGUGUGUUAGAUCUUUUUACUGUCGACGUUAACGUUAUUUUUUGAAGAGCAGUUUUGUGAAUUGAGCAUUUUUGAAUGAUUCAGAUCAAAGAAACAGGGAUGUUUUCUUCUCCUUUAGAGUGACAAUUGAUAAUGAAGUUUUUUUAUUCCCAUCAACCAAA